AUUGUGACGUCAGUUCUGGCGCCCUGUUGGUCUUACCCGUGUUGUGCUUGUCACGGAGUUUUCCAAAUGUUCCUUUUAUUCUCACUUCUUUCCAGUUACUCUUAAUGAAACUACAACGAUAAGCCGAACUAUGUGGAUUCUUACACCCCUGCAGCCUGAAGGUGAGACCUACUACCUUCUCCCUGGGAAAGAGUACGUAGUGGGACGCAAAAAUUGUCCCAUCCUUCUUCCCAAUGAUCAGUCCAUCAGCAGAGCGCAUGCUCACCUGACUGCUACAGACCAGACCCUGAGUCUGAGAGACGCCUCCAAAUACGGCACGUUUGUCAACAACCAGCGUCUCACGGCUCCAGUUAACCUGACGUCGGGGGACAGCGUCACUUUCGGGGUUUUUCACAGCAAAUUCACUGUGUCGCGUCACCGCCUGCUGGUGUGUUCGUCGUGUUUGGAAAGUGCCGGGAAGACGACGCUCUCUCAGGCUCUGGCUGCUCUGGGGGGGAAGCUGGUGAACACCUGGAGUCAGGAGUGCACUCACCUGACCAUGCCGACAGUGAAGGUCACAGUUAAGACCAUUUCAGCGCUGCUGUGUUGUCGCCCCAUCGUGAAGCCGGAGUUCUUCUCAGAGCUCAGCAACGCCGUUCGGCGGACACUACCCCUUCCUAAAGCAGAGAGAUUCAUCCCUGAAAUCGAUGAGCCCAGCUUGACCAACGAGGACGUUAACCUCAGCGUGAUCCCAGGUCGCCAGCAGCUUUUUUCUGGGAAAACCUUCCUCUUCCUCACGGCCAAACAGCUGAAGCGUCUGAGUGCUGCGGUGAGUUUUGGAGGUGGAAGGAGCCGUCUGCUGGAUGAGGGCUCCUUACCCCUCGACCUUCUGGAGUCUCCACACAGCUGUGUGGUCGACGUGGCACCAGGCAGCUCCCAAACGCUGCUCCCUCCCUCCUCUGCAGCGUGGGCGUGCUCCAUGAGAAGCAUCCUUCGGAGAAAAGGCCUUCGAGUCAUCACAGAGUCUGAAAUAGGUUUGGCUGCCAUCUACGCGUCCUGUGACAAGUACUGUAACCCGUCCUGGCUAAUUAUGGAUUCAGACUCUGCCCCAAAAGUAAAACCCAGGAUCCCAAGCGCCUCGCUUUCACAGAGCAUAGCUGUGGAUGAAACCGUGUUACCUGCAGCGUCUCAGAACAUCACAGCGUACGCCGUCAACACGGAGACAUCGCAGAGGGUGCAGGUUUCUGAGGCGGCUGCACUGGUAACGGUUGGAGAAACUCCUGAGAGGAAGCAGAACACGCUCUCUGGGUCUAAACCUAAAGCUCAGAUGGGAAGCACUUCGUCCGUGGUGGCUGACACGGUGAGCUCAUCGUUCAGCGCUGGAGACGUCCGAGACUCACAGAGGAAGAAACCCGCCGCCGUAGCACCAGGCCAAGGCGCCUCUGAUGUGAGACUCCAACCUUCUGCUUCAAAGACCAACAGAGGCACCGGGACGGCUCUUUCCAAACAGUCUCCAAAGAAAUUAGGACCGUCUCCACAAACAUCUCCGCAGAAACAGUUGACUCUGACCGGUUUCUUUCAGCCGUUCAAAAAGAAAAGGCCUCUGGAGGACGACCUCUCUGCAGCGACGCCCGGGCCCAAGCGACCCGCUCCAGAGUCAUCCGUCACUGAGAAGAACUCCGCCACGGUUUCUGAAGAGAUGCCCUCGCUCGCCCUCGGUAGCCCUCCUGCUGUGCCCGAGACUCUUCUGGAGUCGCACGCUGAUUUGUUUGUCAGGCGAUCCGAACCGCAGAGUCGCAAAAGGAAGGAGAUGGGAGGAGCUAUACAGAUAGAAGAACUGGAGUCCAUCAUGUCCGAGGACAUGGACGACUUCGACGACGUUCUCCCUGCUAGCCCGGUUCAGCAGGAGCAGCCGGCGCCGCAGAGGUCGGGCAAACAGAAGAAAAGCUGCGAUUUAGCCGAGUCUUCAAGUAAGAAGCAGCGGGUCAGCGUAGAUGAGCGCCGACCGAGCAGACCGAGGCCACGGGUGGACCUGAAGAAGGAGUCAGGCUUCCUACAGAACCAGGGAGAACGAGCCGAGCUGCACAUUGACUCGGUUAAAACGGAACCGCUAACGUCUGCUGCCUGCUCCAAUCCAAACGCAGAGCCGUCAGAAGAGGAAGAUGCGUCUUUUAUAGAGGAUGUAGAGCUGCUCCGAGUGGAUCUUUCUCAGCUGGAAGAUGAAAGUAAACCACCUAUAAAACCUGUCAAAAUCAAGCAGGAGGCUGAGGAAUCAAAGAUGGAUGAAGGCCUUCCUAAGAAGCUGGUGCUGGUGGAGUUCAGAUCGCUCACACUGACGCCUCCAACUACGUCCAAACCAAAACGCUCCCAGGAGAACGGGCAUGUCAGGAACUUCAAACGUUUCCACAAGAACCACGUUCCAGGUCUAGAUGGUUUCCCACACAUCAUUGGAGGCUCUGAUCUGCUGGUUCACAACAGAGGCAAAAACUCUGAUCUGGACGAGUGGCUGAAAGAUGCAGCAGAGGAGGAGCGUCAGAACAAGCAGGACGAGACUGCCGGAGAUGAUCUGUUCAGGUACAACCCCACCAAGCUCGCCAAGAGAAGAUGAAGUCAUCCCCAGAUGGAUUUGUGGAUGUGAUGAUGCUCUUCUUUAACUCACUGACAGCAAUGUAACAAAUGAGCUUAAGUUAAGCAGAUUUUGUCAAAGUUUUUUUUAUUUGUUGUUAAUAAAAAUAUUCCAUAGAAAAGAUUAAAACCUAGAGAUUGUUUCACCCGCCUGCAUGCUGAAAGCAGCUCUGGAAACCCACGUUGGUCCCUGCUUCCAGGGAAACUGGCUCAAGUGGGUUAUGUUCCUUUUAUUUUAAAGCAAUCUCAAUCCUUCAGGCACUUUUCUAUUUCUGAAACAGAAGUGCAGUCAUCAAACCACACGUCUGUUGGUCGUUCUGUGCAGACGCUGAAGCUCGGUUCUUCAAAUUCAAGUUAAGAUUAAACUCAUCAGUUUAACUUGUGCAAGAAGAAACCUUUCGGAUCGUCUGUAGAGUUAGCAAACUGGCUUUCAACAUUUCAAAAUGCAGAGAAACGAUUGAGCAGCUAGCCUAAAUCUGCACCAGUCUGUGUUCACGUAUAAUAAAAAAUGCCAUUAAAGCAGAA